CGCCGUGUCAGUCCGUGGGGGACCGAAACGUAUACAAUACAGUGAUAAACAUGAGUGAUAUCACCAACGCCAGAAACACCAUUGACGUCAAUGUUUCAAUUGUAAACUACGUCAUAAUUUCUCUUCCCCCCGACCCAGUAACUGAUGGUGUCACCCGUGGUUUGAUGAACGAGACGCUUGUCAACUGUACGUCACAAGGCUGUGUAAACGAUGUCAGGAUUCUUCAUGGCCGUCAACUAAGGUCUGAUAUGAAUGUAGUGUGUGAUACACGCACCCUUGGCCUCUUGUUGAGCCCUGAUAACUUCUAGUGGGUAAGUUGUUGUUGUUAAAAAGUAGAAAUUAAAAUCACAUAUACAAGCUAUCAAGUUUAAACUAGAGAUUAUGAGAGGAGAGAUCACUUAUGUGAGGCACUAGCCACCGUUGGCGCUAAAUUCACUCGUGUAAGUGUAGUGUAAGUGAAAGCUAGGAUUUGACUAAUAAUACUAAUAAUGACAUGCAACACCUUCGUGUUACUGUAGUAUUGCACGGCCCUUUUUGAGACUGAAUCUGGUAAGGUUAGUCAGUGAUUGUGAUAGAGAAAUGCCAACUUAGUGACGGUACUUUCAUUGGAGAGAUUGGAUUUUUGUGUGUGUGUUGUUGUUUUUUUUUUACUAAUUCACUUCAAGUAAAUAUAUCAAAACAUGGAUUUUUAUUAAAGCUGAAAUCAUUUAUGUUUUGUUUCCCCUUUAUAUAAUUUAAAAUAUCCAAGCCACACACACGGCUAGAUACACAUUUUUUUGUUUACAUUUCAUCAUGUUAUGUCACUACUUUAUUAUUAUGAUGUUUCGUAAUUUUUAAUAAAUAAAUAAUACAGGAUUUCUUCUUUUUUUGGUCCUCUCUCAAAGGUUGUAGCCUGUUUGGAAAGCUGAAACUUCCCUUUUUUUAAAAUGUGAAUCGUUGUAGACAGUCGGAAUAUUCACCAUUAAAGCUAGAUGGUCAGUUUGAGAACAAGACAACAGUGACCCACUGGACAGAGUGCUGUGGUGUGUGUGGUGCAACACAGGGACAAAAUGUGACAUUACUUUCUGUGACUCGGAUGAUUCUCUGAAUAACCAGUACGAUUGAGGAUACCGGGAUAAAUCAAUUGAAUCUUUAUCUGGAUGAUAGAGCAUCAAUUUUUGAAAAACCUGGAAGCCAACCGUGACAACCACAUGUGGCAGACAAACUUAACAACCAAACGUGACAACCAAACUUGAUAAACCAAACGUGACAACCAAACGUGACAGCCGAACGUGACAACCAAACGUGACAGUCAAACCUGACAACCAAACGUGGUAUCUAAACGUGACAACCAAACGUGACCACCAAACGUGGCAGCCAAACGUGGCAGCCAGACGUGGCAGCCAAACGUGACUUUAGACCAUGAUAAUAAACAUGGUCAUUAAUAACUGGCAUUGUUCUUAAAUUAAUUUUUUUAUUUUUUUUGGACCAAAACAAAGUUCUGGGCUCAGUUCAAAUCUGACUGCCCCUAAAGUCAAUACUAUUAAAGUCACGUGAGGUCAUCAUGGGAGAUCUAACCCUGUCCCUUGAGGACGGCAGCGGCAAAUGCCCGUGUUCCGUCAACCACGGAAACCACCUUCAGGGCGACGGGCGACCAGUCGCCCCGCGCCCACGACGGGACAGCAGCAUUUCCCUGUAUUUUACCAAUCUGCCGACCAUCCCGGAGCUGGAGCCCCUUGUCACUCCCCCCUCGCCCACCGACGGGAAACAUAUGGACCAAUCUGUGGCCCCUACUUGCGGAGAGAAAUGCAACAAUAAUUACUCUUGUUGUAAAGUCGCUGACCUGUAUCUAGGACACCCUUACCUUCCGACCAGACCAGUCAUUUCAAAAACUGACCACCAUCCUCACUCUGUGCUGUCCACGUGGACCUACGCGCAGUUCAGUAUUCUGAAAAACGGUUCUCAUCCAGGAAAUUUUGACAGCCCGUUUAGCACGUGAGUAAUUAUGAAACGCAGCGGUUCUGAACCCAAGUGUUUCUGUCAUCUUAUGAAAUUUGUAGAAAAAAACAAACAAACAACAACAGACUUAAAAACAAUUUAUGAUAACAAACUUUAUAGUAGCAAUUUGGGAAUAUACAAAAUGAUAGUGCCAGAGUGUGGUUUAAGUUUUCGUUGAAUAUGCGAAGGUUCAGAACAUCUGGGAAAUUUGAGAUAUUUAUGCAAUGAAAUAAGAUAAUGCUUAACAGGUUUUGUCAUGGACUCCCUUUGAUAGACUGUCAAAACCAUGGACCCCCUUGAUAUAAUGGUCAAACCAUGGACCCCCUUGAUAGAAUGAUCAAACCAUGGACUCCCUUGAUAGAAUGAUCAAACCAUGGACCCCCUUGAUAGAAUGAUCAAACCUUGAUGGAAAGAUUAGAUCGUUGACCCCCAUCAGAUAGAAUGGGUAAAAUAUCCCCCACCCCCCCAGCUUGUGUGGAUAGAAUGGACACAGCAUGUACCCCCUGAGAGUCUGGUGGAACCCUUAAACAUAUGAUUAAUUCUACGCUGUUCUCGAAGAUAAGGUAUAAACAAAAAUGACCAAGUUCAUGAGCUUGAUGAAAUAAGUCCAAAGAACACCAUAGGGUUAGCAGAUCAGGGGAUUUUGCUAUCACCGCAAUUGCGUCUUGUAUAAACACACCAAACCGGGUGAACUUAGAAAAAACCGGUUCAGACUAAGACUUAUGGAACCUUGAUACCCAUGGCAUGAAUGUCUAGUUCUCAUUCACUUUUUAAACAUUUCCUCCGCCCCACCUCAUUACACCCAAUCGCCAUGAACUUCCUCUCUUCCGUCCCUUUUUGCCUGUAAUAAAUCUCUUACCUACUUAUGUUUUGUUACAUUCCUCUUACUGUCCUCUCCGAUGCUACAUUCAGCUAAGUUUUUUUAAUUUUAUAUUGUUAUUACUGUUUUUUUUCGCCGAAGAAGGUUUCUAGCCGCUGAAAAAAGGUUUCUUUCCGUUGAAGAAGGUUUCUUGCCGACACAUUUUGUUUUAGUGUUGAACCCUUUUUUCCAGGUUUUCUCAUACUUUGUUUCGAUCAUUUCCUUUUGCCCUAACCUGAUCACAAUCUCUCUCCCUUAUAACCAUUUUUAUUUUCAGUUUGUACGUUAAAAGUGAGCACAAAAUAAAAUGGACCUAUAUUUCGUUUCCGUCACUGUCGCUCAAAUAUUAUUAGACCACCACUAACUAACCCAAGAUAUCUAAAAAAAAAAAAACUGUAGUAUAUUACACUGUAAAGUUAUUUUGUCCCCAAUGAUUUUCGUACACUAACUGUCUCAUCUUGGCGCCAAUGUCAAGUUAAAUUUAAAAAGAAAAAAGACAGUACCCAGUACGUCUGAUAAUGAUGUGUUGGUGUUAAUUUCGCCACACGGAAUCACUCAUUGUCUCACAAUAACAUCACAUCAAAAUGACUAUUGGAGCUGGACGGUAACACGACCAACUGAUCUCCCACAAGCUACUUAAAACACACAUUUUCUGAAGACUAUCUUUAUAAUCCUGAUACCGAUACAAACAUUCGUGCGCCACCUCCUUUUUUUUUUUUUACGAAAUGCUGUUGGUGACCACGUGAUUUCAAAAUCAUCGUUGCAUUUAACAAUCAACUUUUCGCUGCUUUGAAAUGUAUUGUGUAUAAUGUCAGAGCCACUGAUAGUCUAGCGAAAUAGAAUAUAUAUAAAUAAUAUAAUAUCAGAACCACUGAUAGAUUAACGAAAUAUAAUACCAGAACCUCUGGUAGACUAACGAAAUAUAAUAAAUAUAAUAUCAGAACAACUGAUAGACUAACGUGAUAUGUUGUGCAUCAUGUCAGAGCCACUGACAUAGUAACGAAAUAUAUUGUGUAUGAUGUCAGAGUCAGGGCCACUGAUAGACUAACGUAAUAUGUUGUGCAUCAUGUCAGAGCCACUGAUAGACUAACGUGAUAUGUUGUGCAUCAUGUCAGAGCCACUGAUAGACUAACGUAAUAUGUUGUGCAUCAUGUCAGAGCCACUGAUAGACUAACGUAAUAUGUUGUGCAUCAUGUCAGAGCCACUGAUAGACUAACGUAAUAUGUUGUGCAUCAUGUCAGAGCCACUGAUAGACUAACGUACUAUGUUGUGCAUCAUGUCAGAGCCACUGAUAGACUAACGUACUAUGUUGUGCAUCAUGUCAGAGCCACUGAUAGACUAACGUAAUAUGUGUUGCAUCAUGUCAGAGCCACUGAUAGACUAACACAAUUUUCAAAGCCAUCUAAAACAUUUGUUUAAAACCCUUACAGGUACAGCGACCACAAACAUGGGAUGACGUCACCGAUUGCUAUUCUCAAUGCCAAGCAGCACCACGACGGGACGGACUCCUCCAAAAGUGACAUUGGCGACCACAGCUCAGUGCUGACACUAGAGGAAGACCAGCCCAAGAAAAUGACCCGAGCUCAGAAGAUUCAGAUGAGGAUUAUGAUGGCCGUCGGUUUUGUUUUAGUCAUUGGGAUACUGCUAUGGAUCAUCUCCCCUUUCUUCCCCUUUUGAAAAGCUUGUAAUUGCGCACCACUUGUUAGUGUGGGUAAACUAUUGUAUCUGGGCAUUCAGACAUUUCCGAUAUGCAAGAGAGUUUAGUGUUGCCAGACCGUUUAAUCUAUCACAGUUUCAUGGAUCCUUAUGUUGACCUAUUCACAAAUGUAAAAUGUAGUUUAGCGAACUAUGAAAAAAAAACAAACAUGUCAGCCUGGCACAGCACACAGAGGCGCACUCAGAGGCGUAGCUAAGGUAUUUGGCGCCCCGGGACAAGAUUCUUUUUACACCCCGCUCAGCUCGGAAACUCAUUAUUUUCAUAAAUGAAAAAACACCAAAGGCCAUUUUGGCGCCAUCACUAGUAUAUCCCCCGGGGACAGCUUUCGCCACCUGCCUACAUAGAUACGCCUCUUAGCGUACAGCAUUAAAAUUAUUUUUAAUUAUUUAUAACAAACUGCAGAAAGGGAGGGAUGCCGUUGUAAAAUAUGAUUGAUGCAUUCAUGAUAUCAGAUUGUGUUAUUGGAUGGAUGGCAUCAUUAUAACACGUUGUUUAAAA